AAUAAUAAGUGGUCCGGAUUUAUUCAGUCGCCUGGGCACACUUAAAAUUCACCCGAAACCGACGCGUGUGUCGAGGCUAGGAAAAUAGGAAAUUAUAAAUAGAAAUAGACAACGCCGAUGCCUGAAAACCCCCGCUACUGGUAGCUGGCCCUACGGAAAAGGGAAAAUCAAACCACCGAGGUGAAGAUCGGCGUGCCAAUUUGUUGCAAAAAAUUGAGGCGAGAACGCCAUUUACAAGCCGCGUUUAGCAGCGAGUGCGCGAGUAGAACGGAGAGUGAGAUAACUAAUGGAAAGGAGGGAGUGGGGUGCUGUGUGUGUGUGAGAGCUAGAGAGCGCCGCCGCCAAGCUGCCCACCACAUACACGCCGUGUGUCAGACACUUCGCGGUCGGUCGGCUGAAACAGGCAAUUUUAUACGGGCGAAAAGUCGAAAAAGAAAUUACAACCGAUAUGCAAAAUGCGAUCGAAAUCCCAAGAAUUCCACUAGCUGCCGGUACUCAGCCGAGCGAACGUAAAUAAACAAGUGCAUGGAAGUUGUGCGAAAAUAGUUGUGUCGUGUGUCGGAAGAAGAGUGUGUGCCGUCUAAAGUAAAACAAGAGCCAUAAAACGCUUGCAAAAGAUAUUUUCUACGCUUCGCGGUGGGUAAUUGGAGUCCACAGCCGCCACAACUGGAUGACCGGAGAGGGGCUGGUGAGGACAAGGACGAUAAGCGGAAGAUAAGCGAGAGCAGGAAGGAAGGAAGGAGCCCCUGGGGCAGAAGACGCAGAAGAAGUCCUCUCUGACUUCCGGAUUGGCUCCUCCUCGGCUGCCAUCCACCUCGGCAUAACCUGCCACAAAAACACAAAAAAACAAAAACAACAAAAUAGCAUAACGUAGAAUAAUAACAACAUGUAUCCCUCACCGGUGCGUCACCCCGCGGCAGGGGGACCACCACCUCAGGGCCCGAUUAAGUUCACUAUCGCCGAUACCUUAGAGCGCAUCAAGGAGGAGUUCAACUUCCUGCAAGCCCAGUACCACAGCAUCAAAUUGGAGUGCGAGAAGCUGUCGAACGAGAAGACGGAGAUGCAGCGCCAUUAUGUUAUGUACUACGAGAUGUCCUAUGGCCUUAACGUGGAGAUGCACAAGCAGACGGAGAUUGCCAAACGGCUAAACACACUGAUCAACCAGCUACUUCCAUUCCUUCAGGCCGACCACCAGCAGCAGGUGCUCCAGGCGGUGGAGCGUGCGAAGCAGGUUACCAUGCAGGAGCUCAACCUCAUCAUUGGGCAUCAGCAGCAACAUGGAAUACAGCAACUUUUACAACAGAUCCACGCACAGCAGGUACCGGGCGGACCACCACAGCCGAUGGGUGCAUUGAAUCCUUUUGGAGCCUUGGGCGCCACAAUGGGUCUACCGCACGGGCCACAGGGUCUGCUCAACAAGCCGCCAGAGCACCACAGGCCGGACAUCAAGCCGACGGGCUUAGAGGGACCAGCAGCCGCUGAAGAGCGAUUGCGCAAUUCUGUUUCGCCGGCUGAUCGUGAGAAGUAUCGCACACGGUCGCCAUUGGACAUUGAGAACGACUCGAAGCGCCGAAAAGAUGAGAAGCUACAAGACGAUGAAGGCGAGAAAAGCGAUCAAGAUUUAGUCGUAGAUGUUGCAAAUGAAAUGGAAUCCCACUCGCCUCGCCCCAACGGCGAACAUGUCUCUAUGGAGGUCCGGGAUCGGGAGAGCUUAAAUGGGGAGCGCUUGGAGAAGCCAAGCAGUAGUGGUAUUAAGCAGGAGCGUCCGCCAUCACGUUCAGGCUCCAGUUCGUCACGUUCCACACCCAGCCUCAAGACAAAAGAUAUGGACAAGCCGGGCACACCGGGCGCCAAGGCACGCACACCAACUCCAAACGCUGCGGCACCAGCGCCUGGCGUGAAUCCUAAACAAAUGAUGCCACAGGGACCACCCCCGGCCGGCUAUCCAGGUGCACCCUAUCAGCGGCCAGCCGAUCCCUACCAGCGUCCACCGUCGGAUCCAGCCUACGGACGACCGCCGCCAAUGCCGCCAUAUGAUCCACACUCACACGUGCGAACAAAUGGCAUUCCACAUCCCUCAGCCCUAACGGGUGGAAAGCCUGCUUACUCUUUCCAUAUGAACGGCGAAGGCAGCCUGCAGCCAGUUCCGUUUCCACCUGACGCUCUAGUGGGCGUGGGGAUACCCCGACACGCCCGUCAGAUCAACACUCUGUCACAUGGAGAGGUCGUCUGUGCGGUGACCAUCUCCAAUCCCACUAAGUACGUGUAUACGGGCGGCAAGGGCUGCGUUAAGGUGUGGGACAUUUCGCAACCGGGCAACAAGAAUCCCGUCAGUCAACUGGAUUGCCUACAGCGCGAUAACUAUAUCCGUUCGGUUAAGUUGCUACCCGACGGCCGGACGCUGAUUGUGGGCGGAGAGGCAUCCAACUUGUCGAUCUGGGAUCUAGCCAGUCCGACGCCGCGCAUCAAAGCUGAACUUACAUCGGCGGCGCCGGCAUGCUACGCCCUAGCCAUCAGCCCCGACUCGAAGGUCUGCUUCUCGUGCUGCAGCGAUGGCAACAUCGCUGUUUGGGACCUGCACAACGAGAUCCUGGUGCGCCAAUUCCAGGGCCACACCGAUGGCGCCUCGUGUAUCGACAUCAGUCCUGACGGCAGCCGGCUAUGGACAGGUGGUCUGGACAACACGGUGCGAUCCUGGGAUCUGCGCGAAGGUCGUCAGCUGCAACAGCACGAUUUCAGCUCUCAAAUAUUCUCGCUCGGCUACUGCCCAACUGGCGACUGGCUGGCUGUGGGUAUGGAAAACUCGCAUGUUGAAGUACUUCACGCAUCGAAACCCGACAAGUAUCAACUGCAUCUGCACGAGAGCUGCGUUCUAUCGCUGCGCUUUGCCGCCUGCGGUAAAUGGUUCGUUUCCACGGGCAAAGACAACCUGCUAAACGCAUGGCGAACACCCUACGGUGCUAGCAUAUUCCAGUCGAAGGAAACAUCAUCCGUACUUAGCUGCGACAUAUCAACUGACGAUAAAUAUAUUGUGACGGGUUCGGGCGAUAAGAAGGCUACUGUCUACGAAGUUAUUUAUUAAAUUCACAAAUCCAAGCAGUUUUUUCAUUUUGUAAUAAGCUCGUCAAGUUUUUAUUACAACAACAAAACAAAAAAAAAGCAAAAACAAUAACAAAAAGCGGAAACAGAAACAAAUAAACUACCAACAAAGAGAAAAGUUCGUAAUAUACAAAAAAUCCGGAAACUAAAAAUAACAAUAAAAAUUACAAAAAGAGAAAAAAAGAGCAGCAGUAGCAACGCAUCAAAAAGCGAAGCAAAAAUUAAAAUUCUACAAUAUAUAAAAGAAAAAAAAACUACAAUUUUAAGCGUACUUUUAGCUACUAAGCCUAAGCUAAGUCAAAAUAAAAACCAACCAACAAACAAAAGUUGAACACACAAAUUGCAAGUAAAAACAAAAUUAUUAAUGAUGAGAACAAGAACAAGAAAGAAAUAAAAUGAUAAUGAAUGUAAGCAACAGAAACGAGAGAGUAUGUUGUAAAAAAAAUAAUAAAAAAAAAGGAAAAAAGAAAAGAAAAGUUAGUCGGCGAUACCUACCUACGUUCAUCAUAAUAUAAAAAACAAAUAGAAGGAUAAGUGCAGUCUGCAUGGAUUAGUCAUUGCGAGUGUAGGAAGGAGCGUUGAGAUUAUGAUUAACGGCUGAGCAGAUAGGAGCUAAUGCGACGAGUGCUUUUAGUUUGUUUCAUGUAAAAGGUUUUGUAAUUUAUCCGAGAGUCAGACACACCCGCGAAAGGCGGUAAACAACAGAUGUAACUUUUAAGUUUCCGUUUCCAUACCUACCACACCUCCCUCCCAAUCCCUCCCACACCAACCAACUAACACACACACACUCAAAAUAAAACACACACAUUUGCAUAAAUGAAGGUAUAUAUAUACAUAUAUAUAUAUAUAAAUAUAAUUGAAUAUAAUUAGUAAGAAUUUAAUUUAAGUUUUUCUUUAAUGAAAAUGAAACACAAACAGACUAUAUUUAACACACCGACUACCGUCUACCGACUACCGACUCCCACACCCAUUACAUUCUCGCAUUGGGGGGUCAGAGAGAGCUCAGAGCAGUCUCAGCUUUUGCGCUUGUAUGUAAUUUGAAAUGAGAUGAUGUAUCGAAGAUGAGAUAAUACUUGAUAAUUGUGUGGAUUGUCUUAAGCUCUUUGGAACCAACACUGUAAAAUCCUAUAUAAUGGUGCAGCUAAUCCAACGAUGCCGCGCCUUCAACCGAAAUAGAACACAGCUAAAUUGUUUAGUGUUUAGAAUAUAUUUGAAAAAGAAAAAACAAAAAACAAAAAAAAAAAAACGAAUCGAUUUAUAUAUAUUUACAAAUAUAUAUAAUGCGACAGGCGAAAUUGUAAUAAGCAAGAGAUAGAGUGCAGCACACGCUUCGAUUUUUAAUUUUACAAAUAUUAUUAUUGUGGUUAUAUAUGUAUAUAAUUAUAUUAUAAAUAAUUGAAGCAAAACGAAAAAAUAAAAAAAUUAUAUGUAAUCGAA